UAAAUGAGUCAGUAGUAAAAUAAUUAACGAGAAAUGACCUUCGAGAUCGUUCCCACCUAGAUAUGAUAUUGGUAAUAGAAUAAUAUGAGUAAUGAGCCAAUCAUUAGAGAUCCGAUAUAAUGCUACUCGAUAAUCCUUUCGACUGUUACUAAAGAUAACUAAGGUACCGUUGCAGACGACGUUUACUCCUUACAAAUGGCGCGAACGUAAUGGCGGGAGGACAAUGAAACAGCUGUUUUUUAGUUCGGUGAGACAUCUAGCGGAGCGCGGGCGUAAUUUCGCACGCGACGACGACUAAAGGACGAAGAGCAGUAGCAGCAGUAGAGACGAAGAGACGUGCGUGUGUACAGGUCGUAGACCGGCCGUGUCUGUCUGUCUCUGUCUCUCUCUCUCUCUCUCUCUAUACCUUUUUGUCUUUGUCAGUCUCUCUCUCUCUCUCUCUCUCUCUCUCUUCUUUCUCUUUCUCUCUCUUCUUACUACUAUAGUGCAGUGAGCAGUCGCGAGAGUCGAGCCAGGAAAGAUGGCUGCUGGCUGUUGUGGAACGAAGAAGCAAAAGCUGAAUAACUCGACCAGCAUUCCGUGCAAUGGCUCGGCCGUAUUGCAAAACGGCACCCAGAUACGCUAUUCCACGAUAGUCCAACCGGAAAUGGGUUUCUUUUGCUUCGACGUACUUUACUGCCAACUACAUCAACUUGACCCUCCAAAAACGCCCAACUUCAGCAACGAUGCAUUCCCAUUAUUCGUAACUUGGUCUAUUGGAAAAGACAUGAGAUUAAGAGGCUGCAUCGGUACAUUUAAUGCUAUGCAUUUACAUGCCGGAUUAAGAGAAUACGCUACUACUAGCGCAUUUAAAGAUUCUCGAUUCAAUCCGAUAACAAGAGAGGAAUUGCCACGCUUGCAUGUAAGCGUAUCUAUCCUUAGAAACUUUGAAGACGGGGUGGACUAUUUAGAUUGGGAAGUUGGAGUUCAUGGAAUUCGUAUAGAGUUCCAUAAUGAAAAGGGUAAUAAGCGGACGGCUACUUACUUGCCUGAUGUAGCACCGGAACAAGGAUGGGACCAGAUACAGACAAUAGACUCCCUGCUGCAUAAAGGUGGUUAUAAAGGAUUGGUAACUCCAGACAUUAGACGUAGUGUGAAGUUAACUCGUUACCAGAGUGAGAAGGUCACCGUAAGCUAUCAAGAUUAUAUGACACAUUGGCACUGCCGAAGGUGCUAGCAGCUGGCCUGGGGUCCUCCACAAGGGCCCCUACCUUCUCAAACUUCUGUCGCAGUUCGUUAUAACAAUACAGAAACAACAUCCCAUUUUCAAUACAAUAACAGCAAUCAAUACAAUCCGUUUGUGGCCAGCCAGCAGCAUACAUUAGUGAUGGUACAACCUAAUCAUCCAUCGUUCAUACAUCCACUUCCUAUGCCUCCUGUUUCUCCCGUUGUGGUACCUGUUCAAGAUUAUCCAUCUUUUUGGUGGGAUCGUGCAGGACCUUCCUUUCCUCCUCCACAUUCACAUCCUCGUACGCACCGAUAUACAACACAAGAAAAUAUGGAUCGUGGGGUGCGCAAGCGAAAAUGACAUUGGAGGCGGCUGUUACUUGCAAUUUUUCACUGUUUGAAGUGGUGCCUAUUGUAUUUUGUAUGUUUUAGCAUACACAGUCUCCCCUUUAUGAUACCAUACAGUCCUCCCUGAGGAUGAUAGAACCUACGAGUAUGAUGGCAAUAUUUUUACUUAAAAUAUAAUUCCUAUAUUAACUAUAAAUAAGUUCAUUACUUAUUUAAUAUUGAACUGAACUAAAAUAUCAAUUGAAUAAUGAAAUUAAUCAUUAAAAAUGAUGUCUUUGAAAUGUAUUUAACAAGUAUGAGAAGUUAGAGCUAUUUCUUUUUCUCUUUCUCUAAAGUAAUAUCAAGCGAGAUGAUAUGCCAGAGCUAAUGAAAUAGUAUUUAAUUAUUAAACGAAUCUUAGCACUUAAUAUACGUUUAUGCUCUUUACACAUGAUUAACUCUGCCAUCAUACUAACGGAUCUACAUUGAUAUUUUUAUCUGCAAUGUAUGGGUGAUAUAAGUAAUUACAUAGCACAGCAAAGAUAUACAUCUCUUUAAAACUGUACAAAUUUGAUCAAAGAUAUAUGUCUUUGUAUUAUUACAUAUAUUGCAAGAAAUAUAGAAUAUUAAUAUUAUAUAUAUAUAUAUAUAUACAUAUAUAUAUAUAUAUAUAUAUAAACAAAAGGUGUGUGAAAAGAUGCUUUUUGUAUCCUUUGAAUUUCUGUUUUGUUAAUUGGAGUAUAUAAUUAGAUUACAAUAUGUUUCAUAAUGCUGUUAAAUAUUUUUAUGAGCAAUUGUAAUUGUUAUGGAAAAAAAAAAAUUACUCUAUCUUUGUCGGUAUAAAUUACUAAUACUAAUGUUGUUUUCCUUUUUUUUCUUUUUCAUUUUUUUUUCUUUUUUUUUUUUUAAUAUUUUAAAAAUUCAUAAAAAUAAGUAAAAAAUUUAAUUUCCACUGUUCAAUUUGUUUCUAACAGUGUGACAGUAAUUUUUACGUUAAGUAUGACAAUGUUAAAACGGCUAAAUAGAAUUUCUUUGUACUAAUGGUAUAAAUAAAUAUGUCUGUUAUAUUAAUUAGAUUGUAUUAGAUCGUUCAUUGACGUUGUAUCAUUUUGUUGGACAUAAAAUAUAAAUCCCUCAAAAUGUAUUUAGCUAAUGUAAAUAUAAUCUGUAAAUUGUCUAACAUAGUUUAUACCAUUGCUACAUCGAAGUUUAUUUUAAAAAAUCGUAGUUGUAAUAUAGUCCAGCGUUUUAUUGCAGCAAAGAAGUUUUGCUAUUGAUGAAAAGUAUCGAUAAAUAUGGGGUACAUAAAUACUGUACUUUCUAACGUACAGCUUAGGCUUAUAAGAAUACAUCUCAAUUAGUCUCUUAAAAUAUAUCACUUUAAGAGGUUCAAAGAUAACUUUAUUAAGAUUAUUGUUAUCUUGCUCAAUAUUAUACAAGUUCAGCUUACAACUUAACAGAGAGAAAUUUUAAAAACAAUACCUCUAGAGAACAUGGAGGUAUUCUAAAUGUGUAAUAUAAAAUAUUUGCAGAAUGGGACCUCUACUGUAAAUAAGCAAUGGACUGCACUAUGACUAUAGAGAAAAAGAAAAUGUUAAUUUCUAGUUGUAAUAUAGAUUUAAGGUACUAACAAAAAAAAAAAUGACGAUCUCAUUGUGAUUUUGAUUAUUCUGCGAAUUGUGAUCGUAAAUUCAUGAAUUCUUGUACAUUAUAUAGUUGCAUUAUAUGGCUACCUAUAAUACAAAAGAAAACAAAAAUAGAAAGAAAGAGAAACAAAUAGUACUUCAAUGCAUAUAUAUAUAUAUAUAUAUAUAUAUAUAUAUAUAUAUAUAUAUAUAUAUAUAUAUAUAUAUAUAUAUAUAUAUAUACAUUAUAUCUAUUUUGAAAGAAAAGUUUCAACUGUAUUAUGAUUUAGAUGGUUUUAUAUGCCAAAUGCAGCUAUUAAUGUACUACGAACUAGUAAUGCAUUUUAGACUAUUAUCGUAUAAAAGUGCGUCUGGCAGAAAUUUGCAAGAAAUAAUUGGCGUCCUAUUCUUCCACGUGUUAAUGUCCUCUCUUUACUUAGAUUCCUCCAGUUACUCCGUGGCUGGUUUCAUUCACUGCCAAUUUAUUCAUUGUUGUGUCAUUUACAUAAGCAAAGCUUGCUAAGACUAAAGAAAUCGUGUUGUUACACUUUUGUUAAUCAAUGUUUUAACUUAACAUUUGAUGUUAUUACUUACAUUAUUACAUUACAUUAUUAUUACCAAGGUAGCUUGCUAGUUUUUGAGAUCUCCAUACCACUCAAAAGCCUCGACAAGAUGUCCAACCAACUGCCAGUAUCAUACUUAAUCGUAGAUUUAUCGGCAAAUCAAAUUAAAAAAAUAUAUAUAUAUAUAAACUGAAUUAGGCUGUGGAAUCCUAAUUAAGUCAAUGAUAGUAACGCUACCUGUACGUACGGUGUACAUAUCGUAUCAUUGAUAGUAUCUUUUAGUUCAUAAAUGUCAAUGGAGAAUAGCAAAGAAGAUAAAUAUCUGAUGCAUUUCCAAUGGUAAUUAUUUUUUUUUUCUUUUUUUUUUUUGUUUUCUCUUUUUUUUUCUCUUUUUUCUUGUUUUUCUUCUACAUAGAGCGUAGUUCUUGAAAUUUAUGAAGGUUUUUAAAUAUGUUAAAGUCCCAAAUCCUAAUAGAUAAAAAUAUUUACAUAAUUCUUUAUGCGAAUUAUGUUUAUCAUACAGAUUAAACUACUUUUUUAAUAGUUGCUUUUCAUCUUAUUAAUGAUAUUUAUACAUGCAUAACAAAAUGAUGCUGCUUAUAAAUCAGAAAGAUUUCAUGCACCUUAUUCUAUUUCAUUAAAUAUUUUCUGAAUCUCAUUAUGACAAUACUUGUUCAAACAUAAUUCGAUUACCUUUAAAACGGUAUGUCUUAUGCACUUGCAUUAGCUUCGACGACUAUUAUAUUGGUAAAAAUAAUUAAUGGUGAUAUUCCUAUUAAAUUUCAACACUGUUUGUUAUGCAUAAAUGAUGCCAGAAUUUUUCCGUAUAAACCUACGUGUGUUGCAUGGAUAAGAUUUAGGAUUUUAACAAUUACAUUCAAAAUUUUUUAAGUAAAAAUGGCAUAUAGUUACUGUACAAGACAGCGAAUCUUAAUAAUUUGAAAGACAUAAUAUUACAAAAUGUACUGUGCCUAAGCCUGUUGUUAAAAUUGGUUUAUAUACCGCCUACAAAAUAAAGACAACAGCAAUGCAUAGUGCACACUAGCACAGUAAGUCCAUUAGAACGAGCAACUUUGGCAGACAACUAAAAAUAAUUAAAUAUAUUAAUAUCAACUUAUAAUGCAAAGGGGAUGAAGGAAUAAAUACAUUUUAUAUUGUCA